UAAAAUAAUAUAAAUAAAUUAUAAAUAUAUCACACUUGUCAUUACUCGAACGAACUUGACGCCGUGUGAGCCUUUUUAUUGCGCAGAAAUAUAGAAAAUAUAAAAAGAUGGUUAAAGUAUGGUACAAUGAUACCGAGAGUGGCCAAUGUUUGAACAAUGACAAAAACUCGCCGAAAUUUAUUUCUGUGGAAGAACUGUAUAAGAAAACGGGAGUGGAAUAUUUUAAGCUAAACUUGGACACAUACAAAACUGAUGGGAUUUUAGAUAGGAUAAAGAAGGAGCGAGGCUACUCGUAUGAAGACGAGAUGGUAUGCUCCAAGGAGUGCUUGGAUUAUGAGGAGAAGAGCAUGAUCUUCGCCACGGAGCAUUUACAUUCUGAUGAGGAAAUCAGAUUAUUCCUAGACGGUCAUGGUUACUUCGACGUACGAGACUGCUGUGACCAGUGGAUCCGAAUCGAGGUGUCGGCCGGCGACCUGAUCAUCCUGCCCGGGGGAAUAUACCACCGGUUCACAUUUGGCUCUAAUCACUACAUCAAGCAGAGACGAUUCUUCAUCAAUUCGCCAGUGUGGCGCGCAUACAACCGAUCGGCUUAUGAGAUGGGAAGGACUACCGUAUCUUAGAGAAACCUACCUACCUAUACCUAUGUCUCACAAAUAAAUAUUCUUAUUCUUACCUAACACGGAUAAAUUAAGUCAGCAAUGGAAAAUUCGAGGAUCUGAAGUCUAAUUUUCAUUGUCAUUGUCUAAUUUUCAUUACCUAUGAUACAAGUGGCGUGGCAAAAAUUUUCACGUGUAAACGUCAAAUAAAUACUCAACAGCCCACACAAAGCAUCGCGGGUCCAAUGAACACUAACACAUAAACGGGCACUAAAUUCCCAGUACCGCAGACAAAUAUCUGUGAUCACAAGUACAAAUAGUUGCCCGCGAUGGGAAUACACCCACGACCUCCAAAUAGCGGAUGGGUCUUAAAAUCGCCCUGAAAUACAACAACUGAGUAAGUAGGUAUCGUAAUGAAAAUUAGGUUUAAGGCAAAUUUAAAAAAAUCGUCAUUUGAAUGAAUAAUUUAAAUUUUGUUUUUUCUGUUUAUUUAAUUUAAAUAAGCCCACAACAUAAAUUAAAAUAUUACUACCUACUUAA